UUAUGUGAAUGUUCCUGCUCAACGAUCAAUCACGGAUCGCUCGAUUUAAAAGAUGCUAACUCAACAGCUGUAUGCCUCAUUCUCGUUUCAACCGUUUUACCGAUCGCUGACCAGUGCUCACAAUGCGUUCUCUAACAGUAACGCUUUUAUGUGUGGUGGCGUUGCUCGGCUACACCACGAUCGUCCUGGCGGCCGAACAAAGCCUUGACGAUCUGUUCGACCAAGUCUUUACGACCACUCCUCCGAGCAAGGAAUUGCCACCAGCGACACCAGCUCCUCCGCUACCACCACCAGUACCACCAAUAGGGCAGAAGGGUGGUCCAUGUGAAGGUGAAGCCGUCUGCAUCCAGAAACACCUUUGCACGAACGUCAGCACCUCAGGCGUAGGUGUAAUCGAUAUUCGGUUCAAGAAAGAUAACCCAUGCGUGGACUAUCUGCUACAGUGUUGCAACCCGGAAGACAUUAUUGAAGAUCCGGACGACAAUGAUGGUGACAAUGAUGAUGGAACUACCACAACAGUUCCUUCCGUAUCGACCACGCUCAGCCCAGUAGUACGCUCCACUGGGUGCGGUAUGCGUAACCCCAAUGGAAUCGGCUUCCGGAUCACUGGUGACGAGAAUAACGAAACCGAGUACGGUGAGUUCCCGUGGAUGACGGCCAUCUUGAAGACGGAACUGGUACUAGGAAUGCUGAACCGGAGCGUGUACCAGUGCGGUGGUUCACUAAUCCACAGCCAAGUCGUCCUGACCGCAGCGCACUGCUUAAACAAACUUCGAGCAUCCGAGCUGAAGGUGCGGGCUGGCGAUUGGGACACCAAGACGAAGAACGAAAUGUACCCAUACCAGGAUCGCCCAGUGGUGGAGAUCGUCAUCCAUCCUGACUACUACAAGGGAGGACUGCACAACGAUGUGGCGCUCCUCUUCCUCGAUUCCCCGUUCCGGCUAAACAAGAUCAUUCAGCCCGUGUGUCUGCCACCGCAGGAUGCCAAUUUCGAUUAUCAGACGUGCUUCGCGACCGGUUGGGGCAAGGAUCUGUAUGGUAAGGCCGGUGUAUACCAGACCAUCCUGAAGAAGAUCGAUCUACCGAUCAUGCCGAAUGAGCAAUGCCAGACGGCACUCCGUACUACUGAGCUCGGUCCCGAGUUUACGCUGCACCAGAGCUUCAUCUGCGCUGGUGGAGUGCCUGGUAAGGCCGCUUGCCAGGGCGACGGUGGUUCACCGCUUGUCUGUCCGAUUCCCAACAGACAGGACCAGUACUACCAACCCGGAGUCGUUGUGUGGGGCGUCGGAUGCGGCGAGAACGGCAUCCCGGGAUUUUAUGCCAAUGUGGCCAAGUUCCGCAACUGGAUCGAUCAGCACAUGAUCCAGCGUAACUUCGGAACCAGCAGCUACACCGCAUAGGAAGGCGCUUUUCUCGUUCAAUUUUGAUGAUUAUCGAUUAUUCAUAAAUGAUUUUAAACGAUGGAAAUAAAUAAAUCUUCGUUGCUUUCAUUUCUAAAACGCAA